GAUUCAGCUCGAGCUUCGUAUGGCGAGUUUCGAGAAAAGAUUUUACUAAAAGAAACACGGACAGCGCAACUGCGAGAAGAGGCACGACGACGAAAAGAUUAGAAUCCGAAACCGAGUGAUAUCUGCUGCGAUCGUAGCCACCGUUUCAAUGUGAUAAGUGUCCCGAGGAACCAGAGUGCGUUGGGUUUGUUUACGUGUUUGCUGGCGUAAUCUCGUAGCGCAGCGCCCCAGAAGAUUACGUCCGGGUUACGUCCCUCAGUCCGGGUGUGUGGGAAAGUGGUCCUCGAGUGGAAGUGCACAACGAAAAUACCGUCGGAAGCACCGGAAAAGAACACCGGCGAGUGGAUGACGAUGUUGACAACAUAACUGCUGCUGUUCAGGGCAACAUCAUCGCCUCUUCGCUUCCCAGCAUCCAGCACUUAGUACAUCAUCCAGUACAGCCUGCCUUGGUGGCCGUGAAGGCUGUGGUGCCCGCAUCAUCGUAGUCGCUACUUUACGAUGGGUGUUUGUCUGUGCAAGGACAAAGUUGAGGAAGGAUUCGUCAACGAUAGUAGCCGCGAUUCAUACGUUGGCAGUGGCAGCGAUACGGGCCGGUUGGCCGGAGGCCCCGGAUCUAACGGAAAUCAUGUGCGUAAUUGCUCCCGGUCCGAUCGGCAAGCCUCGCUCGCCGAUACCGUCGAUGCGCUGGUCAAGGAAACGCUCGAAAUCAUCGGUUCGAUAGUGGACAAUGAACCGGAGACACCCAAUUCGAUGAUACUGUUGCACGACAUCACGGAUAAGCCAUCCGGAUGGAUACAGCUGGUGAAGUCAUUGAUCCGUGUCGUGCCACUGGAUAAUCCGAUGGGCCCUAGCGUAAUCACACUGCUGCUGGAUGAUAGCCCCCUGCCUUCGAAGGAUUCGGUGCUCGAGGUGGCCGAUAUGAUAACACGCUCCAUCCGUCGCACACCGAAGCGCGAGCGUAACAUGUGCGUCAUUCUGGGCUUCUUAGCGGAGCGUCUGGCCGGACCGUGUAGCAUCUCGGUGCUAUCCGACGUCACGCUUGGUUAUCUGCUUGGAAAUUUGGAUGAAGGUAUCCAUCCGGAUGUAAUGCUGUUUUCGCUGAUCGCCCUAGAGAAGUUUGCACAGACGAGUGAAAACAAAAGUACAAUCCGGCGAAAAUUGGCGCUAUUUCCGGACAAUCCGCUCACCCGACUAGAGAGGCAUACGUCGAGCAAUGAUUAUACUUUGCGUCAGGUUGGAUUCUGUGCCCAAUGGUGCCUAGAUAAUUACUUCCUCAUCGAAGGUCGUCAGUAUUCGUACGAGGUGGCCGAUGUGAGCAAGGUGAAUGUAAUGCUCAAUACGCGCGAUGUUAGCGAAUACUUGAAGAUCUCUGCCGAUGGUUUGGAGGCGCGCUGUGAUGCGUAUUCUUUCGAAAGUGUCCGCUGCACAUACCAGGUCAGCUCUGGUUGCUGGUACUACGAGGUGCACAUCAUUACGCCGGGUGUGAUGCAGAUCGGUUGGGCAACAAAGGAUUCCAAUUUUUUGAGCCACGAAGGCUACGGUAUCGGGGAUGAUGCGUACUCGAUCGCUUUUGAUGGAUGCCGGAAGCUAAUAUGGCAUAAGGCAAAAUCAAUGCAGCAUACGCUCCAUGUCUGGACGGGUGGAUCCAUACUCGGCUGUCUACUCGAUCUCGACGCCCGUGAGGUACUUUUCAGUCUCGAUGGUGUCGAUGGUGAGGUGCAGACGCAAUUGUUUGGAUCCGGUGCCCGUGAUGGGUUCUUUGCGGCCGCCUCUUUCAUGUCUUUCCAGCAGUGCAGAUUCAAUUUCGGUUCUGAGCCGUUCGUUUACCCGCCCAAGAAUCGUCCCUACAAGAGCUUCAACGAUCAUGCUGUGCUGAGUGAACAGGAUAAGAUCGUUCUUCCGCGGCAUCUGUUUCUGGAGCAGCUUCGAAAGUUGAGCGUGCGUGAGGAUUCAUGCACGCUGUGUUUUGACAUGAAGGCUUCGGUACGGAUAGAACCAUGUCAACAUCGUGGCUUCUGCACCAAUUGUGCCGCCCUUCUUCAGUUUUGUCCUAUGUGCCGGGCGGAGAUCGUGAGCACGGUACACGAAGAGAUCACUACCGAUAGUAGCCCACACUCGGAGGUAGCACAAACAGACCCAAUCGGCGAAGAUGUGGAACUAACGACAACAACUACGGCGACGACAACUGCGACGACAACGGCGACGAACUGAGCACUCCAAAGGCAGGCGGACGACUUCUCUGGACUUUUAUUGCAUCGUUUUAAACACGUUUACUUCACCCAUGCUUCUUGUGGGCAUACUGCAGAAGCAAUUGUGAUACUAUUCCUUAGAUAGCUCUAGCGAUAAGAAUCAAUCGAACAAUCUGUACGGCCAUUGCUGGAGAAUGUUUUGGUGAGUUAAGCAAUACACACGUUUCCAGGAUGAUACACCAACACCCGUUAGCUGCUGCGAUCCUCACACGCGUAGCGUAACCGUAACAUACGUUCCCCUUUAUGGACCACAUAGUCGAAUGUAUUUAGUGCGGAGAAUUUUCUAAUGCCCGAGAAACUCCAUGUUAAAAUUGUAACAACUUCUGGACGGUGUCUUCCUUUUGUGUUUCUUGUCAGCAUGAUCAUAUGUUUAUCCAGAUUGUUCUUCUUUUUAAAAUAUAUGUUUGUCUACAACGAGCACGAUACAAACGAGGAUGAAGCGCAUCAUAGUUAUACCUAGGGCACAAGUUCCGAAGACAAUACAGAAGAAGAGCUAUAACAAACUAGAAAUCUGUAACAAUCAUCACACCUAGAAAGACGCCGCGUUGUAGCGUUGUUGUUGACGAUGAGAUUUGAGAUGGCGAGUCACAGAACUCGUUAAUUUGUAGGUUUAUAAGAGGUAUCAAAUGUAGCUCGUUCUGUUUCGUUUUCUUCGCUGUAAAUACGUUUUUAACUGUAUUAUUUGGCUGUUUUUGCAAGCAGACCACAUUCUGUAAAACGUGGUACUACGCGGUACCCAUUAGGCACAUAUUAGCAAAUCACAAACUGGCUAGGAAUUGAUAUGGUAGAAUUGAAUGAAUGCGUGCGGGUAGUUAGUUGAUGGAGAAUUUUACAAAAAGUAUGUGUAGUCCCGUAGGUUAGCGUGUUGCAGCUAGGCGCGAUUGUAUUCAACACGUGGUCUGCCAAGUCCGUAAGCGGUGUAAAAAUAGCGUAACGAAUACGACUGAUAUAUUUUUGUACGCGCAAAUCGAAUGUGUAGAACGUGUUGUGUAAAGAAAUAAAUUUAAAC